CAGCCCUGCCCCUAAUAAUUUGCAUCAUAACAGCUGGUUAUAAAGGUGGCAUGGUUCCACUUGAUAGUUUCACUAGUACUGGGUGCUAAUUAUCAGUGCAGGACUGUACCUCCAUCGCAAUGGCUGUGAAAGACGUAUCUGCUUUUCUGUUUAUCCUUAGUCUUGUGCUGUUUCCCAAGUACAGUACCAGCAAUAGUACUUUUUGCAAUCCACUGCCUGUUAAUGUAAACAACAGUGAGAAUAUUUUGAUAGAUGUGAACCCCACAGAACUUACUGACAAUACAGUCUAUACAGGUAAGUUUAUCUCAUUAUAGAACUUAGCAUGGUUGUUUACUUUAACUUUUAAUCAAUCCAUUGUAGCAAUGAGAAAAAAAAAAAAAUUGUUGUGAUCUGUUUCCUAUUCACAUAUAAGCAAAUAUAGAUGCUGGAUCAUUUCCUGUUCACUUAGAAGUAAAUAGAAAUGCUCGUUCAUAACAGCUGUAGUUCAAGAACAAAUAGACAGCUGAACAAUUUAUUGAAUCAUUAAAUUGUAAAUUAAAAAUUGUAAUUUAAUUAUUAAAUCAAAUGUAGCAAUACCAAAACAAUUGCAUCCAAACGGAUCUCAAAACAAUACAGUUUUAAAAGUAACAGUGAGUUCAACUCUAAAUUUGCUCUUAACCUCAAUAAAUAUUUGCCUAUAAAAUGUAACUUUCUUCUGCAUUGUUCUGUUCUCUGUACUGAAAGGUAAAUCAUAAGCAAUUAAUUAUUUAAAAAAUAUAUGCAAAUACAUGGACACAAAGGGUUUGUUAACAUAGAGGGUAUAUUAACUUAACAUGAGAUCUGUCUCUUCUUUUAGCUUGAUUUUCAUACUAAAUUAUCUUGCCUCCAAUAUAUUUAAGGCAAUAUAUAUUUGCUUAGCUUUUCUUCCCAAAAACCUUUGCAUGUAGAAAGCGUAUGUGUACCAUAUGGUAUCUAAAUCAUAUAACCGAAAACUGGAGGUCCAUAGUAAUGUACCAGUAAGACAUUAUUUUUGAAAUAUGGCCAAAAACACAAAAUAUUAAAAAUAAUACAUUGUAUAUAUAUAUUUGCCUUGCUGUUCUUGUAAGAUUGAAUAUCUUCUCUGAAUAAGACAGGACAGACAAUAAGGUAAAUACCUCAUUCUUUAUGGCAUACAUAUUGAACGUACAUAAUAAAAUUACCAAAAUGUUUACACAAUACAAAAAGGAUAUCAUCAUAUAUUCAUCAUAUUUUUUAUUAUUCAUCAUCACUUUAAGUGCUAUCUAAACCAGCUAGCAUAACAUAUCCUGAAUGGGGUUGAUGGAAAAAAUACAAAACCAAGGCAGACAAUUAUAUAAUCAGCUGUGCUCCAAAGACUUAACUGUUCAUUUAUGUGUGUCAUCUUUAAAAUCAUAACUUUGAUAAUAUGUUUAUAAAAACCUGAGCUAUAGCAAUCAUUUUUGACAACAAAAGCUUCACCAUUAUUGUGAUGACGUCCCUUUUUUCUUUCUUGAUCAAUUUGAGAAGAAGAAUGUUUGUGUGUUUUCGGUCCUGUUAUACUGCACUGAAAUAUAUGUUGAUGAUUCAUUGUUACAAUAAAAUAUGUAAUAAUAUGAAAAGGAAAAUCAGAGGGAAAUGAGUACAUUUUAUAAGGACAGCAUGAGUGCUUACUGCAAUAUUUGUGACUAUUUCACCGAGCAUAGUUUGAAAUUAUUAAUGGGAGAUAACUUUAAACCACUAUUCUCAAUUUUAUUUUGUUGACCUGUACGUAACAGUUAUUUCACAAGGUCAAAAAGUAUGGAAUUGGCAAUUAUGUUUUAAGUGGUUUUUUAUUUUUAUUAUAUGGAACAUCUGUACUUUCUUCUUCCUUCUUUUCUACUUGUGAUUUAUAGAGCAACAGCAGUAGCUUGGUAUUAAAUUUAAUUCCAAACUCUUGCAUUAACAUUAGUCUUAGAAUUGAAUGAAUAUUCUAGGUCGAAAGAAAACGUUCGUAUGGCUGUUGUUUGGAUAUGGAUUUUCUUUUGGACAGUUUCAAUUCAAACAUGUGUCUAUUCUAUAACCACAUAUUCCAUUUGUUAAUGGAAAUGUAUAAUUUUAUAGUAGAAACUUCCAAUCUUUAGUCAUUAACAUAUAUGGAGAAGGCAAUCGGCUUUCCAAUUACCCUAUUGCCUUUGGGUAAAUUACCACAUUCUCAUAUAGCCAGAUGCAUUUGCAAAGUUUGUGUGCAUGUUAUCCCAUAUGGAACUUAUGUACACUUGGACCUCUUCUGAAUGAGCAAUGUCUUUGCCUUAAGUAGAACAAACCGAUCUGUUGUGCUCCAUUAAAGUUCUUGUUCAUCUUAAUGAGUUGAACACUAGGAUGGCUAUGGCAUCUCCGGCCAGUCAUUACAGUCAUUACCACUGCAUUCAGAGGUGGAAGAGAAGAAGGAGAUAGAGAAGAGGGAGUUGGCUCUUGCUCUAUAUAUAUAUUGCACACAAACAUGGAUGGAGGGAAAGUAGUUAUCAUUGCAGAGAGUCCUAUAAACCUUUACUUAUUGGAGUCAGCCUCCUACUCAUUGAGCACAAGAUGGCAAAAAGGGAAGCACAGUCAGAUUCUUUCUCAAGAAUAAUGAAUAUCAAGUCAAAGCUGCCAUCAAGAAGUAUAUGGCAAAAUGUCCUUUAUUCCUUUAUGGCAUUUAAUAAUUCUCACUGAUUAAAUAAUUUGCUCACUUGUUGAUUGGCUCCCAUAGGUGAGGCAAUGGAUUGUUCAAUCUCUUAUGAAACUUUUAGUUAACAAACUAAAAGUUACCUGAGUUUUUAAUAAAACUCAUUGAAUGACUUUCUUUCAGCCCAAAUACAUAGCUGUGUUUUGUAGGGAAACAAUAUAUAUAUAUAUAUAUAUAUAUAUAUAUAUAUAUUUAAAUUUGUAUUUCACUUUAAUUUUAAAUUUAUAUAUAUAUAUAUGUAUAUAUUUAUAUAUAUAUAUAUUAAUUUAAAUUUGUAUUUCACUUUUUGCUUCUUCUUCGUGAUUCUAAGUAUCAGUGUCUGGAUUCUGUUACAAGAAACUGCAUAUAAAGGAAUCUAAACUUAUAAUUGUACCAUGAUGAAAAAUCUUUAACAUUUGCAUAAACUUUUAAAAAUUACAUUACUACUAAGAAACAACUUAGAAAAAGGGAUCUAAACCGCAACAUAAUUGGUUAACAUUUUUUUUUUUUUUUAAUGCAGAGGUGUCUCACCCUGAACAUAUUUAGGGGAAGUUGCACCUUUUUCAUUUUGAAAUCAUGAGUAACUUUAGGGGUAAGCCAGUUCACAUGUUACUUGAACACAAUGUUUAUCUUGCCAAUAGGCAGCUCCUUCUCCUUAUUCAACCAAUUAUUAAUGUUGAUAUUAUGAAAUGCAAGCUCAGGAGCUACGUAGUGGAUUUUUUGUGUCCCCAUUCCCACUCAUGUUUGAACUGCCUAUCCAAGUUGUUUAUUUUAUUAUUUUAUUUUUAUUUUUUUGCUUUGUUUAUUUUUUUUACUUGAACUAAUAAUCCUUUAACUGGUGCUAUGUAAGCCUUAAAAGUGCCAGGGAGGUGAUGAGAAAGUAACACUAAAAUAUACAUUCUUCAAAAGAAUGGAUGUACUGGGUUGGACAUUUCUUUUUGGACGCUAACCAGAACUUUGGAGAUGUACAGACAAAACUAUUUAGAACUAUUGUUCUAAAAAUAAUUUUAUCAAGAAUUCAAGAAAAGCAAAAAUUACUAAUAUUUUUUAAAAUCUACAAAUAUAAUUAUAUAAUAUUUAUUCAAUAAUAAAAAUGACUAAUUUUAAAAAUAGUUCUUGGAAUAUAUAAUUAUCUUCUCUCUGAAUAUAAUAUAUCAGAUUCCUUAAACUUAGAUUUUGGCAGAUUUUAUUCAAAUACAAGUCCUUUGUGUUCCUUUCAAGCAUUUUAUAGACUUGGAGCUGGUCCAAUAACUAUUAGAUACUAUAUGACAUAAUUAAUUAUAGCCUGCACGGGAGCAGGAAUCUACAGGUAGAAAAUGAUAUAUGAAUAAGUCAAUGAGGAAAUAAUUAUUGUGAAACAUGAAAAACAUUAUGAAAUGUAAUAUAAUUUACAUUUGUCUCAUGUGUCUCAUACAUCUCUCAUAACCACUAUAGAAACAUUGAUAGCACUGCCAUGGAAGAACUAAUGUCUCAUUGUAUAUCCUCACUUUUAAAUGUUAGGUAUUUAAUUGUUGAAUGUACUUGUUUGGAGCCUUUAUCCAAAUGCUUAGCUUUUUGUAUCUAGGUACAUGACACAUAUAAACAUUUAUGUCCAGGCUUAUCGGUGUGUCAGAUUUAUCAGGAAUGAUCAUAAAGACACGUCACACAUGCACAGAAUAUUUCACUCAUUCCAUUUCUUAAGAAAAGAAACUCUACUUUAACUACCCUUAUCUUUCCAACUUAUCUGGCUUCUGCUUUUAAGCAACCUUUUUAUUAAUAUAUGUCGCUUAAAGGGUAACAGAAAGAAAAAUAAGUCUCAGUAAAAAAUGAUAACGUACUUAUAGUGAGACAUUAAUAAAUAGCAAUAUACCUAUAGUGAAAUGCUUUUUAUUUGUGUAAAAAAAGUAAUUCUAAAACUCUAUCACCACUCUGUAGAAUAUGAUGAAUGAAAAUGUUAUCAGUUAAUUAUUUAUAUACCAGGGCCAAAACUAAGAUCCUUCCUGAAUUCAUAAUAUGUACACGUUUGUGCACAUGCAAUGGUUAUUAAAGAAGUAUGUUUAUUUAGAGUGGACCUCCCCUAGAAUAUACUAUACAGAGAUGAGACAAGGCAAUGUAAGUCUAUAUAUGCUGUGAUGUAAUUUGAGAUUGGGUGUCUAAAUGGGACAUAAUUGAAAUUUAAACUAAAUACAAGUUUGAAAACUGAAAGCACAGUCUGAUCACUUUCUAGAUAAGUAAGAUGACAUGUGAACAAAAAAGGUCUAUUCAGCUUUUGAUGACUCCAGGUUCCAGUUUUAGAACUACUUAAUGUUGGCAAAGCAUCAUGGAAGAUGUAGUUCUAAAACAGCUGGAGAUCCAUAUGUAUCCAAUCCUUGUUUUGUGAAUGCUUCACCAGAGAGUAUUAUGUCUGUACUUGGCAAUUAUUACUGAUAACAGUAACAAUGCAUGUUAUUCUUUUUACAGUUCAGGUGACCUUUAAUGGAACUGCUAACAGUACACUGAUUCUAGAGGCUCUAUCAAACAACAGUAGAGUGGGAAAUUGGACAGGUGGAGAUUGUGUUCAAGAUAGUGAAUUUGUUUCUAAUACAUCCAUAGAAUGGACGUCACCCGCAAACCUGUCAUCUGUUACGAUAAAGUGAGUGUUUGGCGGGAAACUAUUUGAGCAUACUGUUAUUUAGCACGUGCCAUUUUAUUUUAACACCAUUUCUCUCUUUUCAAGAACCCAUUUAUACAAUUGUAUUACUUUACUACUCUAUUGUCAGAUAAAGAGUUUCCAGACCCAAGAAAUAUUUCUAAGUAAAAUCUGUGAUGCUAGGCUAAGAAUUUUGAGCCCAUGUACAGCUGACUUCUGACUCCUAUCAUUCAGUGAUAUACACAAAGGAGAUUAAUCUUAGCCUAUGAAGACAAAAAGCAAUACAGUAAAGCAGGGGCAAAAAGUGCUAAUUUCUUCAGUUCCACAAAAUACAGAAACAUUCACAGAAGAUAUGGGUGACUUAAACACUUAAUUCAUUUGUAAACUUUGUCACUAAACCAAGAAUUGUCAGGAGUUAACCAGGAGAUAGCAGAUUUUGGACAAACUAGUUGAGUUGGAUCAUUUUUCCAUUUUGACCCAUUUGGAGCCAAUCAUUUUUAAUGUAUUGGUCAAUAUCCAACAAUUUCCAGUUUUGAAAAACAAACAUGUUGUGUCUGACACAUAUGCUCGUAUUUAAACCAACACCAUAGUGCCACUAAUGCAAACGUGUUUUCCUAACACUAUAGGUAUAAAUAGCUAUUUAGUCUCCCAUGCCACCCUUAGCGCCUGUUGGCUGAGAUCAUCAAAUUUAACGAUCUUGGCCAAUCCAAUGCUUUCUCAAUGCUCUGCACCAAUCAGCAUCUCCUCAUAUAGAUGCAUUGAAUCAAUGCAUUUCUUUAGGGAAUGUUCAGCACCUCUAUGCAAAACUUUGUGCGUUGUGUAGCACUGACCCAGGAAGCACCUCUAAUGGCAGUCUCAGUGACUGCCACUGGAGGUGUCCCUAGGUACUAACACAGAAAAGACAGUGCUUACAUUAAAAUGACUGUAGGGACAUGCUAUACUUACUAGAACAACUACUUUAAGCUGUAGUUGUUCUGGUGACUAUAGUGUCCCUUUAAUAUUGUUGGAUAAGCUUUUUAAAUUAUUUAAUAUGUUUGAAUAAGCUUUUAAAAUGGUUUAAUAUUAUGUCAAAUAUUUACAUUUUGUAAUAUAUGGAUUUUUUUAUAUAUGCUAUUUAUGAUUUCAAAAAUUAAUCCGAAAAUAUUAAAUUGUGGCCUUAAUUACAGAUAACAAACACCUUGAAAGGAUGCUCUAAGCACCAUAAUCACUAUUGCCGCAUUCCUGCUGGUUUCUUGGCACACCCAUUUGGAGCAGUUUACCAAAAGUUGAAGCUCACCCCAACACCCAUAGUCUUCCCCUCUUCAGCUGCACAUAUAAUGCAGAAACCACAUUACCAGGAAAGACUCCUUACAACCUAGGAGGCCAGGCAGGCGUAGUUCCCAUGGCUAACCCAGGGGACAGUGUCCAUAGACAAAUAACUGUAUUGUUUAUGGUAUUUAAAAUUGGCCCUUUCAACAGAAUUGCUAAAUACCACCAAAAAAAAUUAUAAUAAUUUCUAGUGAUAAAGUACAUAUUGCAGUGAGUACAAAUCCUUCACAAUUUUAAAGUAUGUCAGACAGAGCUAUGUUUACUAGCGAAACGUAAAUGGUCUAAUUAAAUACCUAUUUAUAACAUGCUUAAUACAUAUAGAUGCUGUGGCCCGAUGAACAUUGGAGUAUAUUCUCUACUAAAUUAAACUCAAACCAAAAAUACAUUAAGGACACAUUUGUAAAACAUAAUAUGCAUUAUUUACAAAAGUAUGCUAUUAGAAGAUUGUAUUAAAUAAUCUCUUUCUGGAGCCUCAUUAUAAAAGUUGUGGCGUGUUUAAUUUGCCACAAUGACUGACUGAAUGGAUCUCAAUCUAAACAAUGAUGUCCUUACUAGACCAUCAAAUUAAUUAAAAUACAAUGCUUAGCAGUCUCCUUGAACUUCAUAAUCCUAGAAUAAGGCUACAGUUUGCCAUUGCACAGUAUGUAUCUCUAAAUUAAGUAUAGUGAUGUGUACUGUAUGUUUUGUUUAUUAUAUGUUUUUUUGUGUAGCUAUGUCAUUUUUUAUUUUAUAGUCUGCUUUACUUGCAAUUAAUCUCACAUUACAUUUUAAAGCCAAUAAACUAAAUUGACAUCAAACUUUGUGAUAACACUUUAAUUGGUUUACUCCACUGUAAUUAACCCACACCCAAUUUACAAAGGCACACUGAUACCCGGCAGCUGUUUAUUGCUUUCACAAGGAACAUAAUUAGUUUCUGUAUGCAAAUCUUGACUUUCUCUGCAAAUUUUACCCUUUGUAUUUCAAAAGGUUUCCUUAACUAGAUAGUAACGUGAGCGUGCACUGUUUGUAAUUGUCACAUGUUAGUACAGAUGGCAAACCUUCAGAUUUCACUGUACACAAAGUGUGCAUAUUAACAGCAUUCUGACCCUGUUGCUUUCAAAUUAUAUCUGACCCUAUUCUCUCUGACAUCUGAUUCAGUUAGGCUACUCUUGGCAACUAUCUGAAAAUGUACGGUGUAAGCGGGCAUGAUGGUUAUAUGUAUUCUGGGAAAUUAUCAUGUUAUAUGCAUAAUUAACAGAUGUUUAUUUAUUGAGCAAAAAAAAGAGUAAACCAAUGUACAUUUACUUUCAGUGCUUUUAUCAUCACGGUGGAUGGAAACUUCACAGCUUCUAAAGUUCUAAAUGCUAGUAAGUUUCUUUCAUUAGUUAUUUACUUAAUUUCGUGCGAUGUAUACUUUGCUGUUUGCCUAAUUUGAAUUGUACAUCUAAAGUUCUUGACAACUGUAUAGACAUAUUUACAGUUGCAUUUGAGUAUAGAGUUAGAUGGAAAAAAAUGUUUCCUGUAGAGAAUCACAGUUUUUGCUUCAUAACAUAUCUGUCUAAAAAAAUGUCUCGAAACCCAAAACAGCCGCAUUUAACAUAAAAAAACUGCCAAUUGGAGAUCGCCUUAAUAGUGAAAACUCGGAAGCAAUAUAUGCCGUAUACCGUGCUUGCUUCUAUUUUGUUUAAAUGGAAUUAAUUCACUCAAAUACUUUCCAUUUGACAUUAUAACAACCUUUUUUUACCUGGAACAUUAAGAUCCAUUUCUUAAAGUGUUUAUUUGAGAUGCAGUCAUGCAUGGCCACUUGAUCUUGUUUUGCUACUUGAAAUAUCCGUAACUGGAAUUUGAGAUAUAGUUACACUGACUACGUCUUACAUCAUCUAAAGUAUUAAAAAAUGGUGCCACUUUACAAUUGUGUGAAAGUUAACUUGCCUUUCUCACUUCAAACUGAAAUGCGUUGACUGAAUUCAUUCUGCAAUAAUUUGCCACUUUAAGUAUUUGAAAUUAUAGCCAGAUAAAACUAUGAGGGAAAUAUUAUUUUGCAAACAUUAACGACUACAGUUCAAGGUGUAGAUAAUUUCAUACAUAUUAUGAUUUACUUUGUAGAACAAAACAAGCUACUUAUAGUCUCAAAUCUCAUCAGAUGAACAUGAGAAUUUAGUCAUAUUUCAUGCUUAGAUUAACACAUAUUAGUACUUUCUCAAGUUCUAUCCCAUAAGACUACAGCAAUUCUGUGCUUUAAAAAAUCGUGCUCAUAAUAGGAUUCUGAAAAAUAUACCAAAAGAAAAGACUCACUCAUCUGAACAAACACAUUUUAAGUGAGUAGAUAAGUGCUACUGCAUGUAAUAAAAUAAAUUUACAAUGUCAAUGAGGUGGGGAGCACUUAACUAUACAAAAGAAUCUACCGAUCACAGAAUACUGUGUAAAACAUAUAUGUAGUCCCAUAUUCUGGCAACAGGAUGCUUAGAUUUUCACAAAGUGCAAAAAGAAAAAAAAAUACUGCAAGCCUUUCUGAUAGUUUAAUAUGAACUCAAAUAAGGUUGAGUAAACACGAGCUCCAUUUCAAACAUUUGCUUUGACAUACAUUGCACAAAUAUAUACACUGCAACUCUUCUUUGCUAAAUUAAAAUUCCCACUAAUAGUAUGUAGCUCAGCAAACAUAUGUUUUAAUGAAAUUUGGAGACAAUACAUAAGCCAUAUUGUUUCCAUCCCAAUACUAAUAAAUCAUCUAUAUAGAUGUGUUGUUGUAGUCUUUACUAUUUCUCAUAUGAAAUGAAAUUAUUUUUACUCAACCACAAUUUAGAGAAAUACAGAUGGUUUACCUCGAGGUUUACCUUUUGGGUGUUAACCUUUUUUCAUUGUUUAAUACAUAGAAUUUGUUUUUAAAAAAACAUUGAAUUCAGAGACACAAAUCCUAUUAAAACUUCUAUUUGAGAAUCAUUGUAUUAUCCAUUAUUGUAUAAUAAUAUAAUGUCUGUAAUAGAGAGAGUAUAUUCCUUAAAGUUUAGGGAAUUAUAUUUUGGAGAUCAUCUCUUCUUUUAAUGUAAUAUAACGCUGUAGGAUCAUGAAUUAAGACCAGUUCUGGGAAAAGUGUUUUACAAAUUGAGCAAUUAAAAAAAUAUUGUGUUGAUUGCUCUAAUUUUAGAAAGUUGCUCCAGAAUGUUACUUAUGACAAAGAAAAUGAAGACGCUAAAUAGGUUAAAUAACACUUUUAAUGGAAGGACUCUAGAACAAUCAAUAGUGUGAUAUUUUCCUUCUAAUAUGAAAGUUAAAUUAUCCCAUUACUUUUAUGUUAGAAGGAUAAAUAUGCUAUUUCCUCCCAUUGUCUCGUACGUAAAUUAGAAACAGAAAAAAAUAAUGAAAAAAAAAUAAAAUAAACACAACUUUUUUGUAGAGUUUCUGAUGACGACCACUUCUUUUUACCUGCCGUCUUUUUAAAAAUGUGUCAUGAGUAAGAAGAAAUUAUGUUUGUUUGGUACAAUGUAACAGCUGUUUCAAAAAAACUAAAAUAAAAUGUUUUAUUUCAGAAGCUAACAAUGAAAGUUCACCCCAAUAUUGGUUCUCCACCUCAAUGCUAUGUUUAAUGCACAAAACAAGAAAACUAAGCACAUUGAAUUGAUUGUAUUUAUAUGUUUCAUGAUAGACUAACGAGCACAUUUUGUUUAGAGAUUGAACUUUUCUUUUCCAUAAAUCUAUUAUUGAAUUCUAUAUAAUUGUUACCACUAAUAUUACCCGUUAACUAAAGUAAAUUGCUGAUUGCAGAGGCAUAACUGUAAUUUUUUUUUUUUUAAAGACAUAUUUGCAGAGACUAAAGUUAUUUUCACAAAUUUAAAAUAUGUAACAUAUACAGAGGUGCAUGGUAAAGUUCAAAGUUGGUGGGGCCACUGCCCCCCUUACUUGUUGGACUCUACUGACUUACUUAAACCCAUGAGAUGUCAUACCCUGCUUAAAACCAAUCAUAAUCAUAAAAGGGAGACUUGGCACCAGUGAGUCGGAGCACAAGCCCCGCACAGACUCACUAGGAGACAGAUAAAGCAUAACUACCGCUAUACACCACAUCCCUAACCUGGCAGCCUGGGUAGGGAGAUACGAGCAGAUAGAUACCGGUGCCCAACCUACCCUCACAGAAGAGGCACCCUGGUUGUGCUUAACCCCUUAACCCCUUAAGGACACAUUACAUGUGUGACAUGUCAUGAUUCCCUUUUAUUCCAGAAGUUUGGUCCUCAAGAGGUUAAGGACACAUGACAUGUGUGACAUGUCAUGAUUCCCUUUUAUUCCAGAAGUUUGGUCCUUAAGGGGUUAAGAGAUCAGUACACACAUCACUCCAGGGCACAGCUCACAACUUUCACACAUAGCCCCAUUCAAUCUCAAGACCAGAUGCGCACCCUGAGGCACUUCAUAGACUAGUCUACCUAAUCAUUGCAGACCUAAGACCUACCUACCAUUUACUUGCACUCAUAGACAUCGCUAUCCUAACUCGCCUUUCAUAUGCAGGCCUUGAGAUGUAUAAUGAUGUUUCUAACUUGUCUCUCGUAUACCAUAAACUGUGCUGUUUGAAUCGUAAAAAUUGUUUCUACACUGCUUGCUCCAGCUGUUGUGGCGGAACAAGUUCAUUUGUAUCACUAAGCACGAAAAAUAUAGAAUUUAAAAAAAUAAUAAUAAUAAAAGGGAGAAUAGAAACUACAGAUUCUAAUUAUGCUAGACACAUAUAUUUUAUAAAACACACUUAUCAGUAGUCCUUACAAUGCCAAUAAAUUUUAUUUUAUUUUAUUUUUUGCAGCAAAAACUGGCAAUGUGGAUCAGAUUCCACUUGGAAAUAUAUGAAAUUGUGUAUAGGGGCAUUUACACCUUAAUAUAGCAAGAACCCCUGUGUUUUAGUAAAAGGCUACAAGAAAGAAAGUAGGAAAAAUUAAAAUCAAAGCUUUAUCAAAGCUUUAUUACAAAAUCAGCAAAAUGCAGCUAAGGAUGAGAUCAAGUUUAAAGGAACACUAUACUGUUAGGAAUACAAUGCUAAAUUCCUAACACUGCAGAGUCCUUAUGCCCCUGCGCUCCCUUCCCACCCCUCUCCACACCACCACCAUUAAAAUGAAAGAGUUAGAAACCCUUUAAACAGUUACCCGAUUCCCAUGUUAAAGUCCCUCUGUGCUGGCUCCAUCUCAGCCUCCCCCGUUGCUCACUCGUUAGACCUUCCCCGUAGGAAAGCAUUGACUAAAAUGCUUUUCUAUGGGGGAUUUAAAGAUGCUUUAUGUCCUCAUGCACAAUGUGAAGACUUCCAGCAUCAACUCUGUUAAAUUGCAGGAAGCGCCUCUAGUGGCUGUCUGGUAGACACUAGAGGCAGUCUUAACCCUGUAAUUUAAACAUUGUAGUUUCUCUAAAACUACAAUGUUUUACAUUGCAUGGCAUGGAGACUGCACUCAGACCACGUCAAUGAGAGGUGUUCUGGGUUCCUAGAGUGUCCUUUUAAUGACCAAAAAUCUUAAGAUAAACUUACACUAAUGAUAGUUCCAAAUCUACUCUAAGUCUCUAAUGCAAAUUUACAUGAGCAAUAAAAAUGUUAUACUAUAUUUUUAGACUAUCACAUAUAUUUUUGAACUUCUUUUAAUGUUACCUUUUAUUUUAAUUAUAAUUAUAUUCAAUCAUUACAGUUCCUUUUAAGGACAGGUACAUCUUCGACAAUAAAAUUUAAAAAAAAGUUAAAUGAGUAAUUGACUGAAUAAUUCUUCAGAAAGUGUCAUUAAUAUAUAAACAUAAGAGGCAGGCAAAUGUGUCCUACAUUAUACAAAUCUGUGUUUUGUUUAAAAUAAAAUUAUUUAUCUUUCUUUUUUUUUUUCAGUACCACCUACAGCAGGAAAUAACACAUCCAACGCUACAACUGCAGGUUAGUUAAAAUGUACCUGUCAUGUAGCACACAAAUUAAUCUCAGUUUAAAAAGUAUUAAUGUCCAUGUCUUCAUUGUGCCAUCAAAAGUGUUAGCAAAAAUAUUCUUGGUGGCUCCUCCCCAACUGUCAAUCAGAACCUUGGCAUUCGACCUGUGUGCUGGCAACACACACAGUUUAAUACAGAGGAGUGAUUGACUAGCUGAGCAGGAGAAUCCUCCCCCUUGAAGUUCUCUUGCUUCCCAUCACUGUUUUACUCUCUCAUUUCUUAUUCUUACUGGGGGAGUAUGCGACACAUUGAUCCUGAUAUGUUUGCAGUGAAGCUUGCAUAUCAGCGUCAUGGAGGAUGGACCAACUUGGGGAUAUAUCCCAAAGUAUGCAUAAUUGCAACAGACAGGGAGGAUACAUCUGAGAAUGUCAAUGUUGGCACGAGGGACCACAGGUAAGUAUAAAUAUAAUAGCUCCCAAAUAAAUAAAAAAUAUGAUUUAUCACAAUGAUUUAUUGUCUUGAGAGCUGUUAACUGUUAAAGUGAACAUGACAUCCAGGGUGAUCUCUGCUUGAUAUGUCUGUCUUUUUAUUUUUCAGCAGUGGUUAGUAGGCGAAUUGAAAUUUCGAGACCUGUUAAUUUCCAGAUUUUCAUAAUACUGAAUAAUUAGCUGGGCUUUUUUGCACAGUUCAUAUUGUUUUCAGGCUUUUUAGAUGUGACGAUAUCUAAAUUCAAAAUGUUAUGGCUGUUUUUUUUAAUAAAUCCUUCACUUUAAGCCACAAAAUGCACUUUGAGGGAGUUCACUAUAGGAAUAAAAAUAUAUAUAAAGACAUUAGUUUUGGUUAUUGGUUAUCCUACAAACUGGUGUUACAGGGAGAACCCAAAUGUAGAUUGAUGCAAAUUAUCUGGGUUAGUGAGAUCUACGUGUUAUACAAAAAUGGUGUCUGGGAACUCUAUGCAUUUUAGGAACGACUUGUACUCCAAAGGAUGUGUUUUAACACUAAAUGGUUUAAUAGAUUUAAUGUAGAUUUCUUUACUCAAAAAACUGUAAUAACUUUUAAUCUCAGCAGUCAAAAUGCUUCAUGAAAAUAACUUUUCAAAUUCAUGUCUUAACAAAAAACUGACAUAUUUAUUUGUAUUUCAGCACCAGGAACAGUAGGAAAUACAACAAAUAGUGUUACAACAGCAGGUUAGUUUAUCUAUCUAUCUAUCUAUCUAUCUAUCAAUAUCUAUCUAUCUAUCUAUCUAUCUAUCUAUCUAUCUAUCUAUCAAUAUCUAUCUAUCUAUCUAUCUAUCUAUCUAUCAAUAUAUCUAUCUAUCUAUCUAUCAAUAUAUCUAUCUAUCUAUCUAUCUAUCUGUAUGUCUGUAUGUCUAUCUAUCUUUUAAUCUUUAUCUCUAUCAUUCUAUCUAUCUAUCUAGCUAUCUAUCUAUCGUUCAUUCUAUCUAUCUAUCUAUCUAUCUAUCUAUCUAUCUAUCUAUCGAUCUGUCUGUCUGUAUGUCAAUGACACAUUUACUUGCCAGUCAUCAGGGCUAACUUGUCACUUGACAAUGGCUAAUGGUGAGUGCAUAUUUUAGCCCUGACAUGGACUAUUGAAUAGAAUAAUAAAGAGCUGUUUCUGAUAACAAUAUGAAAUAUUAUUCAGUCUUAAAGGUGAAUAGGUCCUUUGUACUCCUCAAAAUGUGUUUUGCUGGCAACACAAAAUGCUUCAACAGAAAAUGUGUGAACUAGUCAUAAAAAAAAUCUGUAAUAAUAUUUAAAUCCAUAUAGUCAAAAAGAUUUGAUGAUAAUAAUAGCUUCUUAAAUUUGUGUCUGUAUAUAAAAGAUUUUUAGUUUUAUUCCAUCAUCAGAAACAGCAAAAAACACAACAUAUUUCACAAAUUCUUGACUUUAUAAAACUUAUUUAUUUUAAUUUCAGUACCAGGAACAGGAAAUACAACAACCGGUUAGUUAUUUUGUCUGUCUGUCUGCCUGCCUGCCUAUGUACCUCUGUCUACCUAUCUAUCUCUGUACCUCUGUCUACCUGUCUACCUAUCGAUCUCUGUACCUCUGUCUACCUGUCUACCUAUCGAUCUCUGUACCUCUGACUGCCUGUCUACCUAUCUAUCUCUGUACCUCUCUCUACCUGUCUACCUAUCGAUCUCUGUACCUCUGUCUACCUGUCUACCUAUCUAUCUCUGUACCUCUGUCUACCUGUCUACCUAUCGAUCUCUGUACCUCUGUCUACCUGUCUACCUAUCUAUCUCUGUACCUCUGUCUAUUUGCCUACCUAUCUAUCUCUGUACCUCUGUCUACCUGUCUACCUAUCGAUCUCUGUACCUCUGUCUAUCUGUCUACCUAUCGAUCUCUGUACCUCUGUCUACCUGUCUACCUAUCGAUCUCUAUACCUCUGUCUACCUAUCUACCUAUCUAUCUCUGUACCUCUGUCUACCUGUCUACCUAUCUAUCUCUGUACCUCUGUCUACCUGUCUACCUAUCAAUCUCUGUACCUCUGUCUACCUGUCUACCUAUCUAUCUAAAAUCUGUAAUAAUAUUUAAAUCCAUAUAGUCAAAAAGAUUUGAUGAUAAUAAUAGCUUCUUAAAUUUGUGUCUGUAUAUAAAAGAUUUUAAGUUUUAUUCCAUCAUCAGAAACAGCAAAAAACACAACAUAUUUCACAAAUUCUUGACUUUAUAAAACGUAUUUAUUUUAAUUUCAGUACCAGGAACAGGAAAUACAACAACCGGUUAGUUAUUUUGUCUGUCUGUCUGCCUGCCUGCCUCUGUACCUCUGUCUACCUAUCUAUCUCUGUACCUCUGUCUACCUGUCUACCUAUCUAUCUCUGUACCUCUGUCUACCUGUCUACCUAUCUAUCUCUGUACCUAUGUCUACCUGUCUACCUAUCGAUCUCUGUACCUCUGUCUACCUGUCUACCUAUCGAUCUCUGUACCUCUGUCUACCUGUCUACCUAUCUAUCUCUGUACCUCUGUCUACCUGUCUACCUAUCAAUCUCUGUACCUCUGUCUACCUGUCUACCUAUCGAUCUCUGUACCUCUGUCUACCUGUCUACCUAUCUAUCUCUGUACCUCUGUCUACCUGUCUACCUAUCUAUCUCUGUACCUCUGUCUACCUGUCUACCUAUCUAUCUCUGUACCUCUGUCUACCUGUCUACCUAUCUAUCUCUGUACCUCUGUCUACCUGUCUACCUAUCUAUCUCUGUACCUCUGUCUACCUGUCUACCUAUCGAUCUCUGUACCUCUGUCUACCUGUCUACCUAUCGAUCUCUAUACCUCUGUCUACCUAUCUACCUAUCUAUCUCUGUACCUCUGUCUACCUGUCUACCUAUCUAUCUCUGUACCUCUGUCUACCUGUCUACCUAUCGAUCUCUGUACCUCUGUCUACCUAUCUAUCUCUGUCUAUUACUUUCAGCAUGGCAGAUGUUUUGGACUACUCCUGUACUGCUUUUACAAUCAUAAUGCUGGCAAAGCUUCAGGAGUAAUAAAGAUGCACUGUUUAUUUUUCUGUUUACAUUUCUUUACAGGAUCUACAACAACAACUACACACACAACAAGCACUGGUUCAGCAACGCAUCCCAGUUCUAUGCUUAUGGCUCUUAUUCAGACAUUUGGUUUGUUUGUGAUCACUAGCCGUCUUCUAUCAUAAACGAAAUCUAAGAGAACUUAUGGACAUAAUUAGAACUUGUAUCUCUGUAUUUUUAAGUGUAUCAUAAUAAGAAGACUUUGAAAAGUUAUCAACAUUAAGAAUGUUCUUUGUAACAAUGGACCAACUUCCGUUAAAGAGUAAAAAUUGUCCACUUCAUUUAAUAAUUAAAAGUAUAAUCAGUUCUGUGUGAUAUCUUAACCCAGCUCAACCCAGGCUUAAUCAGCCAUCUGGCAUCCUAAAGGAUGGCAGAUUUAUAAAAUAUCAAGUUAUUGGCAUGUGUCUAGCCUUAUUAAGAGAAAAAGAAGGAAAACGCAAAGAAAGCUUUGUCAAUGGUAAUCGUUUUUGAUUACCAUUUUAUUGCUUCUAUACAAGUCAUACCAAACCACUCACAAUUUUAUAUCACGUGCUAUGUUAAAUAAUAUUAGUGGGAAGAAUGGAAUCAUAUUGCUUCCAUAUAUGAACACUAAGACUUUCCAACAUGGCUAAUCUGACGUUGAUGAUGUUACGAUCAUUGCUUUUAUUCCAAACUAGAAUGAAGAUAAAUUUUAUGUUAAAAUGACAUUUAAUCAGUAACAUAUAUUAACAAGCUCGUAGUUAAAUUAGUAGAUUGAGCAUAUAAAAUUAUAUAAUUUAUUACAAUUAAUUCCAAUCUAUGGAGGCUUUGAAUACCAUUGUUACUUGACUUGUGCAUGGUAGAAACAUUUGGUUCAGCCUAAACAUUUUUCAGAGAACGAGAUUUAGUUCGGGACCUACAACACUCGUCUGAAUAUCAUCCAUGAAAAAUAGCUGGAAAACAAUUUGUUCAAAAACAAUAGGGCAAGAAAAUUGACUACUCAGUGUACUGGAAAAUACAUACAUAAUAUGAAUAUUAUAUAUAUAUAUAUAUAUAUUUUUUUUUUUAUUAUUCUGUACACUUUUCUGCUAUUUGUUUCGCAAAUAAAGUGAGAAAAAGUAACCAAUAGACGGAAAAAGAUGAGGAGCAUUAAAAAUAAAUACAUCUAUUUUUAUAUAUUAUAUAUCAUUAUUAAAUGUAUAUUAUAUACAUAAAAGUAUAAUAAUAUAGAUAUUUUUUACUGCUCCUUCUCAUCCCCCCACCCCCUACCCCCGAUUGGUUACUUCUCACUGGUUCUGUGAAUAAAAUCAACAUUUAGGGGCUUUCCUCUAGCCAUAAAUAAUAUUUUUCCAUUAAUAAUGCACAAAAAUACCAAAUCAAAUGAACAAGUUUGGCCAAUACUCCAGUCAUUUGCUCGGUUACAGGUCCAUAUGGUGCUUCGAAAAUACAGAAUUCAGCCGAACCGCCUAAAUUUGGACAAAUUUCAAUUCCACCAAAACUAAAUGCACAAGUCUCAUAGUAACAUUGCUGCACACUCUUCUGAUAAUUCUAACUUAAUAGUUAAGGCAAGGCCUGUGUCUAGGAUUUUUAUAUUGUUAUUUUAAGCUAUGGAAUAUAUUGCCAUACAUAGAGAUUGUUUGAAGUUUUGUAUAAAAACCAAAUCUGUAGAACACUUAAAAAAACAACGUUUAAUUUGUUUUCAUUUAAAACCUUUCCUGAAAUGUUCUCCUUUACUAUUCACCUUUCUGAGCAAAUGUACAUUUUUAUUUCUUAUAUGCAAACUAUUGAAAAUGUUCAACUGCAUCUCUGCUGCUUUGCAAAAUAGAUAUGGAUAGUGAAUAUGUCCACAUAGCUAAACAAUGUGCUAAAGGAACGUCUGUGUUUUUGUUUACUUCUCUAAGCUAAAAUACAUACUAGCACUAAUGUAUACACAAAUAAUCAUAUACCUACAUAUAUCAAGCUACUUCUCUUACAUGAAAUUACAUAUGUGUAUAUUAAUAGAUUAUAUUUUCUUAAGAAAUUCUUUUAAUAUAUUUAACUAAGUCUUAAUAAAUAUAAUAUAAAAUCUUUACGAAGAGGACUUUGUUUUUUUUUUUUUGCAUUGGGGUACCAGUAAUGUGGACAGACAAACGGACAUAUAUAUGAAGGAUCAAAAGUACAGACGGACAGACGGACCGACUAAUAGAUAGCUAGAUAGACAGAUAGCUAGAUAGACAGAUAGAUAGAUAGAUAGAUAGAUAGAUAGAUAGAUAGAUAGAUAGAUAGACAGAUAGAUAGAUAGAUAGAUAGAUAGAUAGACAGACAGAUAGAUAGAUAGAUAGAUAGAUAGAUAGAUAGAUAGAUAGAUAGAUAGAUAGAUAGAUAGACAGAUAGAUUGAUAGAUGCCAUUGGGAUAUCAUGUGAUAUACAUGUAAAGAUCACACUCAUCCAUUUUGUACAUCUUCACUAUUGUACAUUCAUUUCUUGUCUUUCUACAGUGAUUAUUGCAUCCCAAAAUAGAGAAACAUUGUGAAAGGUAUCAAUUGCUCCACCCACACAUAUUUUGUUUGUUUUCUAUGUAGAACUUUUUCAGAUUUGUUAAUAAUUAUAUAGCCACAUUAGGGUCUUGUGAAUCUCAGUUUCCAAAUUUCAAGUUCUUCAAUCUCAUUUAUUUGGCCCAUGUCCCCUUAGGGAUGAAAUAGUAGCCCACAACUACAUUUCACCCUCAUUAUAGAAAACCAUUUAAAAAAAAUAAAUAAAUAAAAAGACACAUUGGCUUUUUAAUAAGGGAUUUUUUAGUCUUUUCAUGUGAUAAUUUCUAUACCCAGUGUUUAAAAUCCCCUAUUUUAUUUUACAUUGUAUCACAGCUUCAUGUGCUUUAUCCCCAGUAUGCCCUUUUCCCCUCUAUGUCUUUUCCCUCUUAUUUAUCAGAUCUGCCUCCUACUGUGUGUCACAUUCCAACCAUUUAUGUUUUGUUGGUCUCUGUAUGUUUCUCAUCUAUGUUUGUAUUUUCUGACUGUCUUUGUUACUGAAAAGCACAAGAAAGCAGAAACAGGAGAGAACUGUGCAAGCAUGAGUUUGGGAAUUUAGGGCCUUUGCAUAUCUCCAAAAAUUACAUGUUCCUGCCAUCCACAAGCACCACUUAAUUGGUACCAAUAAGCGCUAACGUAUUUUCUAUUUUAACUAAUCUUUAUUGUUUUGUUUUCUUUUCUUAUAUAGAAAAGAACAAAUAAAAUUACAUGACAAAUACAAGAGUUUCCAAACAUACAAAAAAGAAGGAAAUAAAAAAGUAGCACAAACGUAUUUUCUAUGUGCAAUGCUAUUUUUAUUACUGUCUUGUUUUUUGAAAACCCAUGACCCAUGUGUUUUACCUCAUAACAAACCAAUAAACCUAUCAUAUAAAUUAUUUCAACAUGCAAGUAGAACAUUUCUUUCUAAAAUCUGACAAAUGUGACCUUCAGCUGUAGAUAAAACAUGAGAAAUUGUAUAGUUUCAUUCUUUAACGUGAUUCAUUUCCUGGCGAUCACGUUCUAUACUAAUGUGUUUUUUUUAGGAUAUUUUAUCAAAAAGUUAAUUAUUACUUGCCAAAGAAGUCAAGUAAAUGGGCAGGGUCAUUGUAAAUCAAUACAAUUGAUGUAUAUUUCAUGGUAACUAAAGUGUUCCAUAAAUAUAUAAAUGAAAGUGAACACGUACUAUAGCUAAGUUGUACUUGCUGAGCCAGAAGAGAUUAAAUAGUUUUAGAUUCAGAGGUGUUUCAUUAAUUUAAAAAUGACCUUGCCCUAUCAUCACCUUUUAAAGUAAACCUGGCAUGAGAAUUCUAUAUUAAGAAAAUAUCCCCAGCACAAGAGGAC